AUGGGCGUCGUCGUCAGGUGCGUCAAGAUCCUCGCGCUCCUCUCGCUCGUCCCGCUGGCGCUCAGGGCCGGCUCCCUCCUGGGCCACGUCGUCGCGCCGCCUCCAUCGUCAGCUGCCACCAGGAGCGCCAGCGUCUCCGAUUCGGCGCACGGCAAGACGUCGGAGGGUGCUGCUCUGGCUGCCGCGAGGUUCCGGAGCGGUGCCAGCGUAGGCGGGUUCGGCGACGACAAGAGGAUGGCGCCGUCGGGGUCCAACCCGCUGCACAACCUGCGAUGA